UCGCUCGCUCUGCCCUCGCGCGUGUGUGAACAGAGGGGAAGGCAAAUGGCUCGUGCGAUCGCGCUCUGCGCCGCCGCCGCCCUCCUCUCCCUCCUCGCGGCGGCGACCGCCCGGAUCCCCGGCGCCUACACCGGCGGCGCCUGGCAGAGCGGCCACGCCACCUUCUACGGCGGCAGCGACGCCUCCGGCACCAUGGGCGGGGCUUGCGGGUACGGGGACCUGUACAGCCAGGGGUACGGGGUGAACACGGCGGCGCUGAGCACGGCGCUGUUCAACGAGGGGCUGAGCUGCGGGGCGUGCUUCGAGAUCCGGUGCGCCGACGACCCGCGCUGGUGCAACCCGGGGAGCCCGGCCGUCACGGUGACGGCCACCAACUUCUGCCCGCCCAACCUCGCCCUCCCCGGCGACGACGGCGGGUGGUGCAACCCGCCUCGCCCCCACUUCGACCUCGCCAUGCCCAUGUUCCUCAAGAUCGCCCAGUACCGCGCCGGCAUCGUCCCCGUCACCUUCCGCCGGGUGCCGUGCAGGAAGCGAGGAGGGAUCCGGUUCACGAUCAACGGCUUCCGCUACUUCAACCUGGUGCUGGUCACCAACGUGGCCGGCGCGGGCGACGUGGUGCGGGUGAGCGUGAAGGGGACGCGGACCGGGUGGAUGGGCAUGAGCCGCAACUGGGGCCAGAACUGGCAGUCCGACGCCGUCCUCGCCGGGCAGGCCCUCUCGUUCCGCGUCGCCGGCAGCGACCGGCGCACCUCCACCUCGUGGAACGUCGCCCCCGCCAACUGGCGGUUCGGCCAGACAUUCUCGGGCAAGAACUUCCGGGUCUGAGCUCACCCCGGGGAAAGCUUUUCGAAUCGGAAUAUAUAUCUCCCCCUCCCGCCUUCCGUUUUUUUCCCAAAUUUUUCCCUGGGAAAAUUUUGGAAGUGGGAAAAUUUAUGGAUAG